AUGUCGCAGUUUCUGACCUUCAAACCAUCAGAUGCUCCGCUUAUCAAGCAAGUGGGAGUGCAGCCCGACUCAGAGGUAUAUGGUGCGUUUUGCAAAGCGAUCGAUCGAGGCGAACAGAUCCCUAAAUUUGGCGAGUGGAAGACAUUGCGUAACAAGAAUGCACAAGAACCUACAUCCAAGCUUGUUGUCAUUGAUGGUGUGCCACAUAAAGAGCACAUCGUAGGUGGUGUCAAAGUGUACCGCCAGGUCUAA